AUGAGCUCCUCCUGGUCGCUUCUGACUCUUUUCUCACUUGUGGCGACUGGCGCGUUCGCUGCCAUCGGUCCCACCGCUCAGCUCACCAUCACCAACGCGAACAUCGCUCCCGAUGGUCUGAGCAGGAGCUCCGUCCUCGCGAACGGCGUCUUCCCUGCGCCGCUCAUUACCGGUAACAAGGGCGACGCGUUCUCGCUUACCGUUGCCGACAGCCUCACCGACACCACAAUGGACUUGGUGACAUCCAUCCAUUGGCACGGCCUCUUCCAGAAGAGCACGAACUACGCCGACGGUGUCUCAGGCGUCACCCAGUGCCCGAUUGUUCCGGACAACAGCUUUGAGUACGCCUUCUCCGUUCCCGGUCAGGCCGGCACUUUCUGGUAUCAUAGGCUAGUCGAGCAUGAUUUCGAUACUGUGAUGGUCUCAGGAAAGUUUUCUAUUCAAUUGUAUGUACGCGGCGCUUACCUUUUAAUCUCCGUUUCCAGGGGUGCCCUUGUCAUCUACGACCCUGCUGAUCCCGCUGCCUCGCUCUACGACGUUGACGACGACUCAACUGUCAUCACUUUGGCGGACUGGUACCACUACACCUCGAAGAAUGCGCCCGCUAUUCCGGCGCCAAGCGCGACGCUGAUCAACGGUCUCGGGCGCUACUCUGGUGGUCCUGCAUCAGACCUUGCCGUGAUCAACGUCACGAAGGGCACUCGCUACCGCUUCCGUUUGGUGUCGAUCUCCUGCGACACCAACUUUAUCUUCAGCAUCGACAACCACAAGUUCAGCGUGAUCGAAGUCGAUGGUGUGAACCACAAGCCCCAACCGAUCGACAAUGUCCAGAUCUUUGCUGGUCAGCGCUACUCUCUGGUCAUGACUGCGGAUCAGGAUGUCGGCAACUAUUGGGUCCGUGCGCAACCUAACAACAUUGCUGCCACGUUCGAUGGCGGUCUCAACAGCGCUAUCUUGCGCUACAAGGACGCCACUGUCGCUGACCCUACCACGACUAGCUCGCUGAGCUUGGCCCUCAACGAGCAGGAUCUUCACCCGCUCGAGAGCGUUGACUAUCUCAGCGAUAAGACGCCCGGAGGCGCGGACGUCAAUCUUGAGCUCGAUGUCACCUUCACCGGCGGUCUCUUCGCGGUCAACGGCAAGUCGUUCGAGGCGCCGGAUGUUCCCGUUCUGCUCCAGAUUCUCAGCGGCACGCCCCCGGCUUCUCUCCUUCCCAACGGUUCCGUCCAGCUUCUUCCUCCCAACGCGGUCGUCGAGAUCGCUAUUCCCGGAGGUGUUGCUGCAGGCCCGCACCCCAUUCACCUUCACGGUCAUACUUUCUCCGUCGUGCGCUCAGCUGGAAACGCCACCUACAACUAUGAGAACCCGCCUAUUCGUGAUGUCGUCUCCAUCGGUACUGCCGCUACCGACAGGACGACGAUCCGCUUCAGGACCGACAACGCCGGCCCAUGGUUCAUGCACUGCCACAUUGACUGGCAUUUGACUGCUGGAUUCGCCGUCGUCAUGGCCGAAGACAGCGAAGACGUUCCCAAUGACGUACACCCGACCGACAACUGGAAUGCUCUUUGCCCGGCAUGGAACACGUACUCGUCCACGACCGGUAUCACCCAGGGUGGUCUCAAGCCGAUCAAGGCGACUUGA